UUUUGAAGGAAAUGUAUCUCCCAACAGAUAUUAUUAAAGAGGUAGGUCAAUACCUGACCCUAUCAGAACAAGGGUCAUGUAUACGUGUUUGCUAUGCCUGGUAUGGACCCUUUCUUGACUUGCUAUAUACCAAAGUCCACAUUCACAGUCGUAAUCAAUUUCGACUCUUCUACCGCACGAUUGAAAUGUCGAGCCUCAUUCAAGAUGCACUUGGUGAUCAUGUAAAGGAGUUGACUUUUGCAUACGAUUCCGGUACUAGAUUAAAAGAAAAACAUGCAGUUGGGAUAACGCGAGAUGAAUUAGAAAGUUUUCCAGACUUGUUCAAGCAAUUACAAGUAUUGGACUUUGACCCAAAGCUCUGGAAAUAUAUGCGAUACAGUGAAAAAUGGUUACAAAUGAAACAUUUAAAGAGAUUACCAACAUUGAAUAGACAGACUAUAUUCCAGCCUAUUAUCGAACACUUAUCAUCACAACUCACAUAUCUAUCCAUAAGCGGAGAAUCAACAGAUUACCUGUUGAAUAAUAACUUGACAACCUCUAUUUGGAAUCGUAUACCUAAACUUGAAGAGUUGAUUAUUCGAGGCAACAAUUAUGUCAAUUUAAAUGUAAAGAUGAUUAUGGCAUUGGGUGCACAGUUACCUCACUUGAAGCAUCUUACACUCGCAUGUGUUACACUACCACUGGACGAACACGAUAUGGGCUCAACCACAACAUUUCCAUUAUUUACUUCAGCUAUAUCAUUAACUCUAGACGAUGUUCAUCUUAAGAAUUGGAGAAUGAUCACUUUUUUAAGCUUAGCUUUUUACCACGUACAAACGCUUGAUUUCGAUAUUACAUUUGAUUGGUUUUAUAAUGAAAAUGUUACGAUUGAAUUAUACGAACAAUCGAUGGAUGCUUGUAUGGGAUUUGCGCAAUUGUGUAUAUUUCUUAAAAAGAUUAAAUUCAGAAAGAUUAGUACCUCAGUCUUUCCAUUCCCCUACGAUGCUUUCUUUCAAGAAAUAUCAGAUAUUCACCAAAAUAACGUAAAAGUGGAGAUGACUGAUUAUGCUUGGUGGUCAACAAUCGAUCCUGCCUCAUCCUUUAAGGCUGUAACUCAGCAAACAGGCCUAUUAUCCAAAGCAAAUCUUAAAUGGUCUUGGACCGGUAAGAAAACAGAUUUAUCACUAUUCAAGAAUCUCAAAUUUUGUAAACACUUGACCGAACUGAAACUGGAUUGCGAUGUACAAUUAAAAAAUGGAUUUAGACUAGAUUUACUAUUAGAUAAUGUAGAGCAAUUAGAGAAACUACAUUUAUCUCAAGUAUUGAUUACAACCACCAAAUGCUAUGAAAAGUCAAAGAAAAGGUUUAGGUUAGAACUGUUGGAAUUGAAUCAAGUUAUUUUGGGUGACCAUAUCAUGGAUUUUAUAUCACAAUCUUGUAAGAAUUUACAAAAUCUAUGGAUCACUAAUUCUGUGCAAGAAAAACCUCGUAGAUCAGCAUUUAUUGUGAUUCGAAUGCCAGAUCAUCGAUUUCAAUCAAUCAAACUAAACUCACUCUACUUGAAUCCUGGUGGUACAAAUGGAAAGUGUGAAACAAGCAUUGCUUUAUUAUCGUUUUAUGAAUCAACUAGGUAUGAUUAUCAAAUUGAGAGGAAAAAGGAUCCAGCACCAGAGAUGUGGAGAUUUUAUCAUGUUUACAAGUCCCUCAAGAUGAAAAAGCAGUUACGAAGAUUAACAACAGAAGAAGCUGCCAUCAUUGCUAAUUUUGAAAUGAAUGAAAAGAAAUGGAAGGCCGUUAAAAAUUCGUCUCCAAGGAAAUCAUUUCAAGAAAAGAACUUUUGGGAAAAAGAUAUACAAUUUGGUGCUAUUCUUUUAUUAUGCAAAUCUGUUGAUAAACUUGAAUUUAACGAAAUCCGAGUUUAGACGUCAUCUGAACUCCAAAUUUCCCACGCUCAUUCUCUCUUCUUUUUUUUUUUUGAUGGAUCUUGUAUUCAUUUUAUUUUUCUUUUCUCUUUUUUUUUUUU